AAGAGGUAGAGGGAGAGGGAGAGAGAGAGAGAGAGAGAGAGAGAGAGAGUCGAGAAUGUCUUCUUCUCAGCCACAGCAGGUUCGUGCUUCCCAUCUUCUGAUAAAACACUCGGGCUCUCGAAGGAAAGCUUCUUGGAAGGAUCCAGAAGGCCAAGUCAUCAAGAACACCAGCAGGGAUAGUGCUGUUGCCCAGCUCAAAACCCUCAGGGAAGAGAUCAUCACCGGCAAGGCCAAAUUCGAGGACCUUGCCUCUCGCUACUCCGAUUGCAGCUCAGCCAAGCGCGGUGGCGAUCUUGGUCCUUUUGGGCGGGGCCAGAUGCAGAAGCCUUUUGAGGAGGCCACUUUUGCUCUAAAGGUUGGUGAGAUCAGUGACAUUGUGGAUACCGACAGUGGGGUCCACAUCAUCUUCAGAACUGGUUGAACCUUCGCUAAUGAACUCCCUAUCAUAUUGUUUUACCUUCCACGUGCUGUGACAGGGGAAUUGUGUGCAGAUGCUGAUUUCUUCGAGCUUGUGUGUUUUCUUCCUAUUGCAUUAGUAGAGCUGUGGUAUCAUAUGCUGAUGCCUAUGCUUGUAACACAGAUAAGGAGUCACCGUAUGUCUUUUCAACAUUACAUUUUCAGUCACUGGACAAUUCUAAGCCUUUUGUAGCGAAGAAAUAUAUAAAGUUUCUGCCAAAGUUAGCAAUUA